CUAUGAUAAAAAAAAAAUUAUAGUGAAAGAAGAACCAACCUACCUUUUGCAAUCUCAAUUCAAUGGCGUCCUCUCUCAUUGCGAAGCGCUUCCUCUCCUCUUCCCUCCUCUCCAGGUCCCUCCUUCGCCUCGCUGCUUUCGCUUCCCACUGCUCUUUCAACACCAACACCAUGCGCCAGUAUGACAACCACACCGAUGACCACAGCAUCGACAUCGGUUGUCGCUCCGAACGCUCUUUCCCUAGCACUGCGCGUCGUGACGAUAUCUUCUCAGGAUGUGUUGAUCCAUUUUUUUCAACUCGAAGUUUGAGUCAGGUUCUGAACAUGAUGAACCAGGUCAUUAACAAUCUGUUCCUGAGUGCAUUGCACGGGAUCGAAGCUAGCACUGGAGUGCGUCGCGGAUGGGACGCGAGGGAGACAGAGGAUGCUCUGCUUCAUUCCACGAAAUCCCUGACCUCAAAAAACCUCAUUCCACGCAAUCCCUAA